CUCAAUGCAUGGCGACGAGGAUUACAUGGACGAGGACGGACCCGAGUUCAUUCGAAUGAUCAAUGAUCUUGUCCGUAAUGUUCGAACCGAGAUCACAACUCAUCCUCACGACGCUGCGAAUGCAACCCGAUUGCAAAAUCUCCAAUCGCCUUAUUCAUCGUCUCAAAGUAAAUAUGCCAAUAUCUCACCGUCACAAUCCAAACACUCUGCUCUGAAAUACAAAUCCCAUCGACUGGGUGCUGAUAACGUCAAGCAAUCAAUAACCACAAGCAGAAAUCUUAAAAAGCAUCUAGAAUCCUUGAUCAGCACUACUAGUGCUAAUGCCAUUCAAGAAGAAACGUUUAUUGUCGUAGAUACCAACAUUUUGAUUUCGCAUCAGGACCACUUAAAAUCAUUAAUUUCAAGCAUCGAACGGAGGCAAUGCUGCGCGACAGUCGUAGUGCCAUGGGUUGUGCUGGAAGAACUCGAUUUGUUGAAGUCCCGUAGAGAUACGCCGGGAUCAAGAGUUGCAGACCGUGCACAAGGAGCUAUCAUAUUUUUGCAAAAGAUUUUCUCAAGCAAAUCACCAGCUCUACGAGGACAGCAAGUAAUAGAAUCUUCCGACACCUCAGCUUUCGAAAACGAUGACAGAAUUUUAGAUUGCUGCCGAUAUUUUGCUAGAAAAAAACAUCGUAGAGUUGUACUGUAUUCCAACGAUAGAAACCUAUGUAACAAGUGCAUGGUUCACCACAUUGAUGCGUUUGGAAGUGUCGAUCAGCACAAAUUACAAAAGCUAGUUGAUAACGCUCAGGUACGAUCAACCACUCACAAAAAAGCCCUUAGUGUGUCCACUGCGCAAGCGCCAUCCACAUCACGAUCAAAUCCAGGCGUAACGGAGGUGAUGAGCCAAGUUCAAAGUCGCCCAAGCACGUCAGACAGACCCACUGAAUCAACCCAUAAGCCGAGGUCUUAUUCUUUCGAAGGCACAUCAGCAGCAGAUUCUAUCCAUGCACCCCACAAAUCAAAGUCCAAACGACUGCAAGACGCUAACUCCCGACUGGACUCUAGGAAAGAGGCUAGGUCUUGGAACCUGGAGGCGCUUGAGCGACAUAGAAGCAAAAUGGAAAGCAAAGAUGAAUCGAAACCGAGGUCACAUACGACAGAGGACCGACAUCAUUCUCAUAAAACCCAUUCCGAACCAAAACCGACACUGAACGACGACAACGAUGAUUGUGCCAUGGACGUUGAUGACGAAUACCCACCUCCCCCGCCUAAAGGCACAAUGGACUCCGUUCAUGCAAGCAACCGAUACUAUUAAAAAUUAUUUUCGAGCAAAACCAUGUA